AUGACAUCCAGAAAGCGCUCCGAGUCAGACGCCGGGUUUGACGAUGCAAGCAAAAAGAAGGCCAAGGUCAACACAGACACAAGCAAAACAGAUUCCAAUGGAGAUCGCUACUGGGAGAUAUCUAAGAUGCGCCGCGUUACUGUCUCCUCUUUUCGAGGAAAAACUAUGGUGAACAUCCGGGAAUACUACGCGAAAGAUGGACAGGAAUUACCCGGCAAAAAGGGGAUCUCACUCCCUAUGGAUCAAUUUUCCGCUCUCAUAACUCUUCUUCCUGAGAUUGACCAGACACUAAAGGAGAGUGGUGAAAUCCUGCCUCGGCCUACCUAUCGUGGAAUCCCAAGUGAAGGCGGGGGCCAGGAUUCGGACAGCAAUCGAAGCCCAUCAAAGCAGAAUAUCGAGGCGACCAGUGACGAGGACGAAGGCGAAUGA